AUGGUGAAAGACAAGAAGAAAAAAGACAAGAAGGAGAAGAAGAAAAAGGCAUCGCAGCAGCCCAAGGAAGUUCGAACGUAUUUUCCUGAAGCUCUGUUGGAAUACCAAUGUCAGAUAAAAGAAGAGGUGAUCAAUCAUCUUCUGCUUGAAAUCAAACGCUUGGAAGAAAUAAAUGAGAGAUGCCACGACAGAAACAAGAGCCUAAAGGCAGAACAGACUGGGAAUGUCCGGGCACUCCUAGCCACCCUGAGAGAGCAGGAGAAGGAACUAGAGAAAGUUGGGGUUGUGACCAGGGACGAUGUGGACAAAGCCAUGAAGGACAAGUGGCAAUACAUUAAGGACCAGGAGAAACGGAUCAAAGACAUGCGCUCUCAGAUCAAUCAUUUUGAGCAAAUACUUCUGGUGAAACAGGCAGAAAUAGACUACUGGUUGGACUAUAAAAAACUGGGGAGUGGUGCCCAUGGCCAACAGAUCCAGGUCCUCGAGCAAGAUAUCAAGAAGCUAAAGGAAGACCUAGAGGAAAUGACAGAAUUUUUUAGAAUUGCUCUGGAAGAAACCAAGCAAAAAAUUGACAAAUACACACUGAAGCAAAUGGAACUAAAAAAAGAAUGGGCCACUGAGAAUGCCGUCAAGCACAUUGACAGCAUCAGCUGCCGGGAGAUCAAAGAAUAUGAAUGGCUGAAAGAAGAGGUUGCAGUUUACAGGAAGGAGGUGAAUGAACUGGAAGCCUCUGCUCAUGCCCUGGAGGAGGAAAAUAUCUAUCUCAUCAAGAAGCUCUACGACCGCAAACUGCACUAUCUUAGAGUGCCCAGACACCUAUUCCUCACCCAGGCUGCAGGUCUGCAGAUCACUGAGGAAGAACUGGAAAACGUGGAAUCCAAAGAGGCUCCAGGAAAAGGUGGAUCCCUCCAGCUGUAUCAAAAGGGACAGGAGCCUGGCCUGUUGUCUGUCCCCCAAAAAUCGUCCUCGCUGGCCUCCGCCUCUGAAAUCAUCCUCGCCUCAGAGCUGGUCAUGGAGGAAGAGGGAGAAGGAGGAGAGCAGUCGGAGCUUCCUUCCGAACUGGUGUACCUGCGAGGGCAAACGGCCUCCCAGUUUCUUCCUCCACUCCUGUACGAAGACACGGGUGACUUCAAGGACUACGCAGAAUUGGGGCCCUUGGAGGUGAAGCUCAUGAGCGCCAUGGGCCGAGCUGCGCCCCUUCACGAAGACGCGAAAGAGAUGCCAAGCAGAACCCGGCUCGAUGAUAAAUAUGACACCGCCGCGGCGUCCCUCCACAUCACCUACCGCAUGAUCAAGUCUAUAUUUCCUUGA